UGGUGGCACUGAUGGACUCAGACACCUCUGGAGGGGUCUCCAGGGAGGAGCUCCGGGCCUGGAUCCUGCGGCGGCACCGCGGGGCCCGGCAGGAGGAGCUGAGGGAGGAGCGGCGGCGCCUCGAUGGCGACGGCGACGGCGUCGUGACGUGGCAGGAGUACAAGGAGAUCAGCUUUGGAGAGGGGGAGGAUUUCCAGGGCUCUCCAGACCCCGAUUCCCACCGGCAGCUCCUGCUCCGCUCCCGCCGUCGUUUCCAGGCCGCCGACGAGGACGGGGACGGGCGGCUCCGCGAGCCCGAGCUCGACGCCUUCCUGCACCCCGAGGACUUCCCCCAGCUCCAGGAGAUCGUGGUGCAGGAGACCAUGGAGGACCUGGAUCGCGACGGGGACGGAUUCGUGCAGGUGGACGAGUACAUCGCUGAUUUGUACCAGGGCUCCCCAGGCUCCCCAGAACCCCCCGAGAUCCUUCGGGAACGGGAACAAUUCCUGCGGCAGCGGGACCGCGACGGCGACGGCCGCCUGGGCCCGGCCGAGGUUCAGCUCUGGCUCAGCCCCCCCAGCCCCGACUGGGCAGGGGUGGAGGCCGAGCACCUCAUCCACCACGCUGACCUGGACAAGGAUGGAAAUCUGAGCAGAGAGGAGAUUUUGGGGCGCUGGGAGCUUUUCGUGGGGAGCCGAGCGACCGACUACGGGCAGGAUCUGCACAGGGGGCACGACGAGCUCUGAGCCCCAAAAAUCACCAAAAUCACCCCAAAAACAUCCCAAAAUAUUCUCAAAAUAUCCUCAAAAAA